AUGCGCAGAAGUGUUCUCGUGUCUCGCGCUCUGAAGGGUUGCAAACGCAUCCACGGUCAGCCUGUCAAAAGGAAAGAUCCUUUGACCCUUGCACACCUACGUAAAGCCAUCGACUGCUUGCCCAGCAUACCCACCCAUGACGAUCUCCUCUUUAUCGCCAUCCUCCUCUCCGGUUUCCACGCGCUCCAUCGUCUUGGCGAAAUGACUAUGCCUGACAAUCCCAGGCUCCGGAAUCCUCGGAAAUACACAAAACGUGAAUCCGUUACUCUAAAUGCAGAGAGUUACGAGUACUGGCUUCCAGCACACAAAGCGGAUAUUGCCUUUGAAGGCAACCGCAUCAUAGUCGCAGAUCAAGCGGCCCGAAAAUAUUUUCUACUCUACCUCAACUCUCGAGACCGAGCACUACCGUUCAACCCUUAUCUUUGGGCUCGGGAAAACGGGCAGGUACCGCCACGGGCCUGGUUUAUCAAACGACUCAGACACAUCUUCCCUGACCCCAACAUUGCUGGCCAGUCCCUCCGAGCAGGCGGAGCCACCCACCUCGCAGAAGACGGUGCUCUUCCCCACAUUAUACAAGCAGCUGGGCGUUGGUCAUCCGAGGCUUUCCAAGUCUAUCUGCGCAAGCAUCCUAUCGUCCUACACGCUCUCCUACGCAGCGGCGGCAGCGGUAUCCGGCCCUCAUCAUCAUAA